ACUAGCUCCGCCUCCUAUGGUCUGACUACCCCCCAUCCCGGAUUUCCCUCUCGUCCCGCCCCUCCGGAGUGAGCCUCUCCUCUCGAAGUCUAGCUCCUCCCUCCCACUCCUGGACUCCGCUCCUGCUCCCCUCCAGGGCGACAGUUCCGCCCCCUAGACCAAAGCAGUGGGUGUCGUGAGCAUAAAACACUGGAGGCAGCACUCACUGUCCUGGAUCCUGCUCCACGCAGGCAGGGGCACUGUGGAGCGCCAUGCAGUGCCUGGGGAUCCGGAGCCGGAGCCGCUCCAGGGAGCUCUACCUGCAGGAGCAGAGCCUUAAGGUGGCGGCGCUCAAUGGACAGAGGCUGGGCCUGCAGGAUGAUGAGGAUCUACAGGCCCUGCUGAAGGGCAGCCAGCUCCUGAAGGUGAAGUCCAGCUCAUGGAGGAGAGAGCGCUUCUACAAGUUGCAGGAGGACUGCAAGACCAUCUGGCAGGAGUCCCGCAAGGUCAUGCGGACCCCGGAGUCCCAGCUGUUCUCCAUCGAGGACAUUCAGGAGGUGCGAAUGGGGCACCGCACGGAGGGUCUGGAGAAGUUCGCCCGUGAUGUGCCUGAGGACCGCUGCUUCUCCAUUGUCUUCAAGGACCAGCGCAAUACACUAGACCUCAUCGCCCCAUCGCCAGCUGAUGCCCAGCACUGGGUGCUGGGGCUGCGCAAGAUCAUCCACCACUCAGGCUCCAUGGACCAGCGGCAAAAGCUACGGCACUGGAUUCACUCCUGCUUGCGAAAAGCUGACAAGAACAAGGACAACAAGAUGAGCUUCAAGGAGCUGCAGAACUUCCUGAAGGAGCUCAACAUCCAGGUGGACGACAGCUAUGCCCGGAAGAUCUUCCGGGAGUGUGACCGCUCCCAGACAGACUCCCUGGAGGACGAGGAGAUUGAGGCCUUCUACAAGAUGCUGACCCAGCGGGUGGAGAUCGACCGCACCUUCGCUGAGGCCGCGGGCUCAGGGGAGACUCUGUCGGUGGAUCAGUUAGUGACGUUCCUGCAGCACCAGCAGCGGGAGGAGGCGGCAGGGCCUGCGCUGGCCCUCUCCCUCAUUGAGCGCUACGAACCCAGUGAGACUGCCAAGGCGCAGCGGCAGAUGACCAAGGAUGGCUUCCUCAUGUACUUACUGUCAGCCGACGGCAGUGCCUUCAGCCUGGCACACCGCCGCGUCUACCAGGAUAUGGGCCAGCCGCUUAGCCACUACCUGGUGUCCUCUUCGCACAACACCUACCUGCUGGAGGACCAGCUCGCCGGGCCCAGCAGCACUGAGGCCUACAUCCGGGCACUGUGCAAAGGCUGCCGCUGCCUAGAGCUUGACUGCUGGGACGGACCCAACCAGGAACCAAUCAUCUACCACGGCUAUACUUUCACUUCCAAGAUCCUCUUCUGCGAUGUGCUCAGGGCCAUCCGGGACUAUGCCUUCAAGGCAUCCCCCUACCCCGUCAUCCUGUCCCUGGAGAACCACUGCACCCUGGAGCAGCAGCGCGUGAUGGCACGGCACCUGCAAGCCAUCCUGGGCCCCAUGUUGUUGAACCGGCAGCUGGAUGGGGUCACCAACAGCCUGCCCUCCCCUGAGCAACUGAAGGGGAAGAUCCUGCUGAAGGGGAAGAAGCUCGGGGGGCUCCUGCCUCCUGGAGGGGAGGGUGGCCCUGAGGCCGCUGUGGUGUCAGACGAAGAUGAGGCUGCUGAGAUGGAGGAUGAGGCAGUGAGAAGCCGCGUGCAGCACAAGCCCAAGGAGGACAAGCUCAGGCUAGCACAGGAGCUCUCUGACAUGGUCAUUUACUGCAAGAGCAUCCACUUUGAGGGCUUUGCCAGUCCUGGCACCCCUGGACAGGCCUUCUACGAGAUGGCGUCCUUCUCUGAGAACCGUGCCCUUCGACUGCUCCAGGAAUCAGGAAAUGGCUUUGUCCGCCACAACGUGGGGCACCUGAGCAGAAUCUACCCGGCUGGAUGGAGAACAGACUCCUCCAACUACAGCCCCGUGGAGAUGUGGAACGGGGGCUGCCAGAUCGUGGCCCUGAACUUCCAGACACCUGGGCCAGAGAUGGACGUGUACCAGGGCCGCUUCCAGGACAACGGGGCCUGUGGGUACGUGCUGAAGCCAGCCUUCCUGCGAGACCCCAACGCCACCUUUAACCCCCGCGCCCUGGCUCAGGGGCCCUGGUGGGCACGGAAGCGGCUCAACAUCAGGGUCAUUUCGGGGCAGCAGCUGCCAAAAGUCAACAAGAAUAAGAAUUCAAUUGUGGACCCCAAGGUAACAGUGGAGAUCCAUGGCGUGAGCCGGGACGUGGCCAGCCGCCAGACUGCUGUCAUCACCAACAAUGGUAGGUGCUGGGCCCGGGCUGGGCUACUAGGCUGGUGUCAUGCUGUUGAUAUGGUGCCUGUCCCUCUAGGUUUCAACCCAUGGUGGGACACAGAGUUUGCGUUUGAGGUCGUUGUGCCUGACCUUGCCCUCGUCCGCUUCUUGGUGGAAGAUUAUGAUGCCUCCUCCAAGAACGACUUCAUUGGCCAGAGUACCAUCCCCUUGAACAGCCUCAAGCAAGGAUACCGCCAUGUCCACCUCUUGUCUAAGAACGGGGACCAGCAUCCGUCAGCCACCCUCUUUGUGAAGAUCUCCCUCCAGGAGUAGGCUGGAGGAAGCCAGGAGGGUCCCCCCUGAGUGGGCUGGGCCCUCUGUCUGCACGUGGGGACAGGGCUGGUGUGGCUGUUCCCAGCCUCUUGCUCAGAGCUAGGCCCCCAAACUGCCUUCAGCUCUAACAUAGUGUCUGCUGCUGCCUCCCUGGGGACCAGGAGCUAGCCCAGUCCCUGGAGCUGUCCUUCAUUCCGUUAGGAACAACACUGCAGCCCUCUCCACCCUCUGGCCGGCCGGUGGUCAAGGGUUUUUAUAAAAAUCACGAUAAGAUUAA